GAAACAAAUGAACAAAUUUGAUUAACCAGUGAUUCAUUCAUCUUUUGCAUUACUUUCAGUUUCUUUUGCCUCAUCAAAAAUGUGUUGGACUUAUUUUAAAUGUCUUUUAAUUUGUUUAACAAUAACUACAAUUAAAUGUGAACAGCAAAACCCUCUAAUUAAAACUGAAUCUUGUGUUUACAAGGGAUCAGUCGGCCAAAGUAAUGGUGUUACUUUACUAAGCUGGAAAGGUAUCCGCUACGGUCAACCUCCAAUCGGUGACUUAAGAUUCAAGCCUCCUCAACCGACAAUUUGUACCAACAAUAAAAUAAUAGAUGCAACAGUCUCAACCAAUUUGUGUCCUCAAUUAUUACUCCAACCACUAAUGAGUGGCAAUGUAAUUAGGAAUGGAAUUAACAUGAGUGAAGAUUGUCUUCAACUAAGCAUUUGGGUUCCUCUUCUGUCCGAUGAAAAAGCAACCAAAACACUUCCAUACAGGACUUUGAUUGUUUUACCAGGAGGUAAUUUUGAAACAAACCUCUUGGUGGAUAAAGAUUUCGAUGAUGGUUCGGUGUUGGCUGCUCGAGGAGGAAUCAUUGUUGUUACAGUUCAACACCGUUUAGGAGUUCUUGGUUUUACUUACACCGAUAACCCAGAAACUCCUGGUAAUUUGGGUUUGUUGGAUCAAUCAUUGGCUUUACAAUGGAUAAAAUCAAAUAUCGUGUUUUUUGGUGGCGACCCUUCUUUAUUAACCAUCUACGGUCAAGGUUCAGGCUCUUUAUCAUCAGUGAUAGUCAAUAUUCUUAACCCUCAACCAAGUUCCCCCAAUAAUUUGAAUCGAUUCAUUUUAUCGAGUGGUUUUCCAGUUCCUGGAGCGUGUGAGGAUAAAGCAACUGCUUUCCAAAGAUUUGUGUGGUUAUCCGAGCAAGUUGGGUGUCAGCCUACUUCUUACAGCAUUGAAACUGGAACCAUGUUAUCCUGUCUUCGAUCUCUUCCUUUUGAAACUCUUCUAAAAGGCCAGGCUACGUUAAAUAGUCGCUUGUCUACCGUAAGUUCAGGACUAUUUCAAGUAACCACAAAACCAACGGCAGGAACCAGUAAUUUCCCCAAAUGCAUUUAUGAUCUCAAUGAUGCUCAAGUGUCCAAAAGAGGGUUAAACAUACUCAUGUUGAACAUGGAAGAUGAAGGGUCAACAUAUCUUUCACCAAGCCGAAGCAUUGAAGGUCUUGCACCAAGUCCAAAAGGCGAUGAUAUCUUGAGCUAUGUCAGGUUCAUCGAGAACCAGACACUUCUAUUCAUGGGUCAACCAAUUGAAUUACUUGAAACGAUUGUUCCACUUUAUUAUUCCGAGCUUCUAGAUGGCUAUGAAGUGGGUCUAAAGGAAUCGUUGGUUCAACUUGUUGGUGAUCGAUUAGUUUAUUGUCCGUCACAUUUAUCUGGUUUAUCAUUCGCAUCAUCGGGAAGCACAGUUCAUCAAGGAUUAAUCACUUAUACACCAACCGUUAAUUAUUUCAAAGGAGACGUCAAUAAGUAUGGAAAUAUAUUUGAUUCAACUUUUGGAGCUCGCACAGGUUUGGAUUACUGGUUAAUCAUGGGAAAACCUUACUUGGAUCCAUCAUCUAGCGAUCAAGAUAAAUGGAUGUCCAAUGAAUUGAUACGAUUAGUUUCUGAUUUUGUGAAAACAGAGGAAAUACCUUGGCCACCUUUACUGCCAUUAUCAAAUGAACAGGUUGUACCAUUUGAAUAUGAUUUGGACAUAAAGAAUCCAUACAAACCAUUGAGAAAAAGUGAUCGAUAUUUUGACUGCAAAUCUUGGAAACCAUUCAUCUGGCCUGGUAACGUUUCACCGACUAAAUAACUAUCCCAUGGAUUCAAUUGAAAUAGUCCGUCAUAAACUGACCGAAAAGCUACGAGCUAAAAGCUUCAGGCUGGUUGCACUGAAAAUUAUAAUUAAAAGUUAAGAUUUGCAAUAUUCAAUAAAAUAACCAUGAAAUUUAUUGUUA